AUGCAGGCGUCAUAUUCCAUCUUCUCGUUUGAAACCCUGCGUAAGCUUCGAGACGGCUACCCGACGACACUUGGACACGUUUUCUCCAAAGUCAUGGAAGCCCUCGCAGCGGUGUCAUUGGCGGGAAAUGUGGCCCAGUUCCUCGAAUUCGGGCUGAAGGCGGUGGCCACGACACACGAGCUGCUUAGAAAUCCGGACGGCACGCUGCAAGAGAACAUUGACCUGCAAAACAUUGCCCAGAGCACCAAAAGUGGAUUCGCUGACAAGCUUAGAGAGCUUCAACUUGGCGCGAUUGCGGCGGAAGUGGUAUGUUCGUUGGACAAGGUCGAGGAGGACAAGAAAGGCAGGGAUGAGUUCCUCUCCAGUCUGGAGUUGCCUCUACCCGCUUCCCGCGCUGCAGAGAAUGCUGUAAUGCAGGAUCUCGUUUCGAGAUGCUCACACGUGGCUGGACAGAUUCUGGGAAUCUUAGACGGUCUCAAGGCCUCGACAACACGCAGGGAAGGAUUACACCUGAAGAUCACCAUUGUGUCCAAGACGUUGUGGAAAAGGUCUGAGUUGAAGGAGCUUCACGAACGAUUGAACGCUCUUCGGAGCCAGGUUUCCGCUCACCUUGUAGUUCUGCUGUUGCAACAGCAACAAUUCAUGGCUCAGGACCUGCGCGCCACAUCGACGCAAAAUGCGAGGUUACGCACGGAAAUGGGCGGCAAGCUUGAGCAAGUCAUCAGCCAUAUCCGAACAAUCUCAAAUCAACGGCUUAAUAUCGAAGAUUAUGUACCAAGAUCCAGGAACGCCAAGAAUCCCAAAGACUCCAAGCAGACUUCCGGGGACCCAAAUAAACCCAGGGCAUCCAGCAAUUCCAACGAUGGCGACGAGACAGUGGAGGGAUAUCCGCCGAAAUCCACACUUGACGAUGUCUUCCAUUACCUAAAUCAAACACUGACGUCUGAGAAAAGGAAAGCCAUCCUGGGCACCCUGUACUUCAACCAACUCGAGGAAAGGGAAGUUACCCUGCCCGAAACACACAGACGGACCUUUGAGUGGAUUUUUGAAGGAAGUCCUACCGCCAGCGGUACCGGUAAAGCAAGUGACACCUUCACCAGGUGGCUUCAGCACCAUGCCGGUAUAUUUUGGGUGACGGGCAAGGCGGGUUCGGGCAAGUCCACCCUGAUGAAGUUCCUGACGCAUCACGACGAGACCAAACGCCUGUUGGGAGUAUGGGCUGACAAAUCCGACCUGGUCAUCGCUCAACAUUACUUCUGGAGCCCCGGAACCACCAUCCAGAAGUCUCAAGAAGGUCUGCUGAGGGCCCUUUUGCUCCAGAUUUUCAAGCAGCGCACGAAUCUGAUGCGUAUCGCCUGCCCUGACCGCUGGAAUUUUCGCUAUGCCGACUCAUUCCACCCGUGGAGCCGGACUCAGCUAAUGGCAGCGUUUGAGAAGCUGGGAAAGCAUCCCGAGGGGAAGUGGAGAAUAUGUCUCUUCAUCGACGGCCUUGACGAGUACAGCGGUGACCAUACGGAUCUGGUCACGCUUAUUCUGAGGAUGGGGGAGCUGCCCAAUAUCAAGAUCUGUGUUUCCAGUCGACCCUGGAUCGAGUUUUCCGACGCCUUUGAGAAUACGGAGUGGAAACUCCACCUACACGAUCUCUCGCAGGCUGAUAUCCACACUUUCAUUAGAGACGAACUGCAAGGGAACGGAAGGUUCAGAAGGCUGCGGUCGCUUAACGAGGGCGAUGCCGAGUCACUUGCAUUGGAAAUCGUCGCUCGAGCACAAGGCGUUUUCCUUUGGGUGUUCCUCGUCGUGCGCUCCCUCCUCGAAGGACUGAGAAACGAAGACGACAUUCACGACCUCCGGAUGAGGCUGCGUGCGCUGCCUACCGGUCUGAAGGACAUGUUCAAAAGAAUGCUCGACACCAUCGACGAAUUCUAUCGCAAGCGAACCUCACGCCUGUUCCUCACCAUGACGCACGCCGAAACUUCGUUCCCAGUCUUGGCCUUCUAUUUUAUGGAAUUCGAAGACAAGACUCUACCAAAAGAACCUCUACCAUUCUUGAGGCACUGGCCAAAUGUCGAUAUGGGCAACGAAUGGGCGCGAGCGCUCGAUCGGAAAAAGCGGCAGCUCGUAGGACAGUGCAAGGACUUGAUCUUCAUCUCUCCAAUUCCGGACGCACCCGAUCUUUUCAACGAGCGGGUCGGAUUCUUGCACAGAACAGUUGUGGACUACAUCAAGUCAAAAGACGUCAGGGCGCGUUUGCAGCACACCGCAGAGGACUUCAACCCCGACAGGAUCCUUCUUGGUGCCCACGUGGGUCAACUGAGAUCACUGAUACACCAGCAUCGCAACAACUACAUCCGCCCGCACUUGGCUCAGUGGAUGUUGGGGGCUCUAUACUACGCCCGAAGAAUCGAAAUUUUGACCGGAAUCCCGGAGGUGGAAGCACUUGACGAUCUCGAGGCUAUUGUCAUGAGUGCAUUUGGGAAAUGGGGGUUCAGCCACGCUAUGGCUACAUUGCUCCCGGGCAACGACGACUGGAACGAAGAUGCCCCAGAGUCGUCCUUCCCGGAGCUCGUCUGUCGGGAUGACGUAGCUUUGUACGUGGUCAGCAAAGUACCAGACUUGAACAUCGAGAGACUCGACGACCUGGCGCCAAAGUGGAAGGCCCGUAUUAGUAUCAACCGGGGCUCGGGCUUUGAGUUACGUCAAUUAGCAUCGGAAGACGAUGAAGACGAAUGGAGGCUUCGGAAAGAAGUGCGGGCUUCGUCGCAGACCAAGCCGGCCGAGGUGGACUUGCCAACGGCAACUACUCUAGAGGUGGCACGACUGCCCAAAAUCUCGAUUGUUGUUGCCAAGGAGCGUUUCGAAGUUGCGGAGAACGGUAAGAGGAAGCGUGGGAGAUUCGCUUCAAAGUUGAAGGGCAUUUUUAGGAAACGUUGA